GAGGCAAGGCUGACGGCUCGACCAAUUAGAGAGCGGCGGGAGCUUUGAAACUCCAGGCAGGAAACAGUCGGAGGACGGUUGGAGCUCCGCUGCGGUUUCUGUGUUUUUACCGAGACUUUGGGACACAUUCGGGCACCGAGAGGACCCGGACCGGGACACCGAGACACCCGUAACGACCCGACACAGACCCGGGACACCGAGAGGGGGGACAACAUGGCGGAUUUAGCCGCGAACGGCCACUGUGAGUGUCGGUCAGAGAGUCCGGUGUUGUGCCAAAAUGAGCGUCUGACCGCCGAGCAGAUGGACGAACAGAGGAUCCAGAAUGUGGCCUAUCAGUACCUGUGCAGGCUGGAGGAGGCCAAGAGGUGGAUGGAGGCGUGUCUGGGGGAGGAGCUUCCUGCUCCCACAGAGCUGGAGGAGGCGCUGAGGAACGGCGUUAUUCUCGCCAAACUGGGUCAUCGCUUCGCUCCGAGCACUGUUCCUCAGAAGAAGAUCUACGACCCGGAGCAGCUGCGAUACCAGGCUGUCGGUCUUCAGUUCCGCCACACUGACAACAUCAACCACUGGAGAAACGCCAUGACGGCACUCGGGCUGCCAGCGAUCUUCCAUCCUGAAACGACCGACGUGUACGACAAGAAGAACAUGCCGAGAGCGGUGUACUGCAUCCACGCGCUCAGCCUGUACCUGUACAGACUCGGUUUGGCUCCACAGAUUCACGACCUGUAUGGAAAAGUCAAGUUCACAGAGGAAGAGAUCAACAACAUGAAGCUGGAGCUCGACAAAUACGGGAUCCAGAUGCCCGCCUUCAACAAGAUCGGAGGAAUCCUGGCCAAUGAGCUGUCAGUGGACGAGGCUGCAGUCCACGCGGCGGUGGUAGCCAUUAAUGAGGCCGUGGACCAAGGGGAUGUGGGUGUGACGGCGGUGGCUCUGAGGAACCCUGCUGCUCUCCUCACUGACCUGCAGGAGGCGCUGAUGAGCGUCUACCAGGAGAUGCUGCAACAAGCGAGGAGGAGGAAGGCUGAACGGGCCGCCGGCAGGGCUGUGGCGGAGGACAAAGACAUGUACGAGGAGUAUCUGACUCAGAGGGAGAUCCAGGACCACAUCGACGCCGUCAAUGUGCGGGCAGCGGUGGAGCAGGUCGACGAGGCUCUGGAUGUCGCCGACGAGCUUGCUCUGCUGUCGGCACUCCAGCUGCCGUGUUUGGCCCUCAGGGGCCUCCGUACUGACAAUGGGCCCUGGUACCUGGAUCAGCUGACCGCAGACCGCCAGCAGAAGGCCCAGAAUCAGGGCUCUGUGGAUCCUCUGGAGCAUGAAGAGCUGCAGGAAGGCGUCACCGCUGCCAACCAGGAAGCUCGGAGCACGCGAAACACUGGCACUUCCUGUUGUCUCCUCCAGGGAGAACUGCAGGAGGAGGAGCUCUUUGUUGCCGUGGAGAUGCUGUCAGCCGUUGUUCUCAUCAAUCAGGGUCUGGAGGCGGGACACCUACAGCAGUUCAGCUCCUCAUUGGUCAGUUCGUCUGCAGGGCUCUCUGAUGUAGAGCCCGCGCUGCUCGACAGGUACUUUGAGACUCUGGCUGGUGUGAAACAACAGGUGGGCCGAGACCUGCUUACCUGGAACCAGCUGCAGGAAGGAAUCGCCGCUGUGAACGGCUCGGCGCAGGACGAACAACAGCAGCUCCUGGCUGUUGGCCUAAUAAACAAGGCCGUGAUGAGCGGAGACCCUCGGCGGCUUAUCUCCGCCCUGUUGCUGCCCUCCUGCGGCGUGGACGAGGUUUCACCUGCCAAUGCCUGCAAGUACCUGACCCUGCUGAGCCAAGCCAGGCAGAUCAAAGCUCAGGUGAGCAGAGACCCGGGAGCCGAGCUGUGGUUGGCUGAUAUCCAGGAGGCUGUGAGGACGGCCAAUCAGCAGAGUCAGAGAGCUCUAAAGUUGUGUCUGUCCGUUGCCGCGGUGAAUCAGGCCGUAAAGGAGAACAGGGCGAAGCAGACGCUGCGGGUGCUGUCUCUGCCGGAGGCGGAGCUUCACGGUGUUCUACCUGACUGUGCUGCAGACUAUCAGAGAGAGCUGAGCGCCCUGAUGGCACGCCGCACACGCACAGGAGAUAACCGCAGUCAGUGGGUUCGCGUCCGCCUGCAGGACGGCUCCGUUUAUUUCUUCCACCUGAGCAGACUGCAGGGCGGCUGGGAGCGGCCCCCCGGCUUCGUGCACAACAGCGUCUUCUUGGAUCGCCACGACAUACAGGAAGUGGUCGGCAGCGUUUCGGCCCAGUACAGUCGCGGCGUGCUGUGGCGGAACAGCGAGGCCCUCGUCGUUCGCCUGCAGGCGCUCUGUCGAGGCUUCCUGAUCAGAUGGCGGAUGGCGUUUGUGGUACGGGAAUCAGUAAAGACUGAAACAAACACAGCGUCGGGGAAGAAUAUUUACUCUGAUUCGAUCCUGGAGUGCAGCUCGCUGCCCUAUGAGGUUUCUCCCGAAGACGCUCUGGCUCAGCCUGAAGUCCAGCGACGCAUCGACAUCUCCAUCAUCAACCUGAAGAACCUGACGGACAGAGUCCUCAAAGCCAUCACCGCCAGCCUCCACAAGCUGCCGUAUGGUCUGCGUUACACCGCCAAGGUCCUCAGAGACGCCCUGAAGGCAAAGUUUCCUGAAGCCGGUGAGGACGAGCUCUACAAGAUCGUGGGUAACCUGGUCUACUACCGCUACAUGAACCCGGCCGUCGUGGCCCCGGACGGAUUCGACGUGGUGGACCGUUCGGCCGGCUCUGCUCUGCAGCCCGGACAGCGCCACAUCUUGGGCUCCAUUGCCCGCGUGCUGCAGCACGCCGCUGCCAACAAACACUUCCAUGGAGGCGGCUACCACAUCACAGCCCUGAACCAGUACAUCAGCCAGACCCACAGCAGGUUCAGGAGGUUCCUGCAGUCCGUCUGCGACGUUCCUGAGCCGGAGGACAGAUUCAGCAUGGACGAGUACUCGGAGCUGCUGAUCGUGAACAGACCCGUGAUCUACAUCUCUGUGAGCGAGCUGCUCAACACGCACAAGCUGCUGCUGGAGCAUCAGGAGGUUUUGUGCCCGGACCCCUCAGACCCCCUCGGCCUGAUCCUGAAGGAUCUCGGUCCGGUUCCCGGCCUGCAGGAACUCACCGGUGAGUCCGCAGCUGAUCCGGGAUCAGACGCUCAGAGUAGCAAGAUGGAGGUCUCUCUGACCCUGACCAACAAGUUUGACAUCUUCGACGACGCCAACGACAAACCGGACGCCAGAGGACUCCUGCUCAGCACCAAGCAGCUGAUCAUCGAUGUCAUCAGGACGCAGUCAGGUGACUCUCUGCGUGACAUCCUGAGGACGACACCGUCACGCGACCAGGAGAAGAAGAGGAAGAUCCUGAGGAGUCUUCGUCAUCUGGAGGGACUCGGCACCCUGAAAUCGCCAGACAGCGAGAACCAGAUCCUGCAGAUGAUCGCCAAGGACAUCCGUCAGCAACGUCUCCACCGCCAGCGCAGAGGGGCGGAGCUCCUGAAGCUCCAUCAGACUCUCAGCAGCCUGCAGGCUAAGAGCAGCUUCCACAGUGAGCAGGUGGACUAUUACAGGCAUUACAUCACUUCCUGUCUGGACAACCUCACCGCCAGCAAAUCGACCAAUCAGAAGGCGGCAGACGGCAAAGGGAGGAACAAGCUUCCUGCUCUGAGCUACAGCGCCACCCGGCUGCACGAGAAGGGCGUUCUGCUGGAGAUCGAGGACCUGCCAGUCACGCAGUUUAAGAACGUCAUGUUUGAGAUCGCUGCCGGGCCUGAGAGAGGAAGUUUCAAAGUAAAAGCUCGAUUCCUCGGCGUGGAGAUGGAGGAGUUCCUGCUCAAAUACCAGGACCUGCUGCAGCUGCAGUAUGAGGGGGUGGCUGUGAUGAAGAUGUUCAGUAAGGCCAAAGUCAAUGUGAACCUCCUCAUCUUCCUCCUCAACAAGAAGUUCUUCAAGAAGUGAGAGGAGCGGCACUCGGCUUCUGCGGCGAG